AUGGCCAGAGGCAAAUUCGAAUUCAAAUCAUUUUGGCGGGUCGAGCCACCGGCGCCGCAGCCAUACGUCGUCCCACCUUACCAAACACCUCCGCCAUGCGGUCCACCGCCACCACCACCUCCACCUCCUCCUCCUCCACCUCCUCCGCCGCCGCCACCUCCACCGCCGCCGCCACCACCGCCUCCCCCUCCACCGCCACCUCCACCACCGCCGCCACCCCCUCCCCCACCGCCGCCACCGAAUAACAUCGUGGUGAUAGUGGUGGUCCCCAUCGCCGGGCUGGUGUUCCUGGGGCUGCUCUUGGGGCUGUUCCUAUUGGCGCGGCGGCGGCGGCGGGAGGCGGAGAUGGCAGAGGUGGUGGUGGAGGAGGAGGACGACGUGGAGGUGUCCCACCACGUGCACGCCGAGGAGCACGUCGUGGCCGGGCCGUCGGGGGAGAUGCUGAAGGUGCUCGACGUCACCGACGAGGUCGACGUCCACGAGCACAUCGUCCGGCACGAGCACGAGCGCGACAUCGAAGAGCAAGGGUGA